CUCCGACGCCAUUUUCGAUCCAGCGGCCAUGAGCGAACCGGACGAGCUCUUUACGCUGAAGAACCAGUUCUGGGUCGGCAACUUCCGCAACGCGAUCCAGGAAGCGACGGUGCUCAGCCACAUCCCCGAGGCCCAGAAGAUGGACCGCGACGUGUACGUCUUCCGUGCGCAGCUCGCGCUCAAGAACUACGAGGGCGUGCUGCAAGCGAUCCCGGCCGACGCGCCGAUCUCGCUCAGUGCCAUCAAGCUCUACGCCACGUACCUCAAUGGCGGUGACGCCGAGAUCACGCUCCUUACGCUGCGCGAGUGGCUGAGCACGCACCACGGCGAGAACCCGCACUUGCUGCUGGUCGCGGGGCUUAUCUUCAUGCAAGAACACAAGUUUUCGGACGCACUCUCGGCGCUCACGCGUGGCCGGUCGCUCGAGCAUCUUAUGUACACGGUGCUGCUCUACCUCAAGAUGGACCGUAUCGACCUGGCUGAGAAGCAGAUCCAAGACAUGAAGCGCAUCGACGAGGAUGCGACAACGACACAGCUCGCCAAGUCGUGGACCAUGGUUUCCAAGGGCGGGCCUGUCUGCGACGAGGCCGCGCUGCACUUCCAGGAGCUCGGCGACCGUUUUGGCGCAUCGGCACAGCUCCUCAACGGCGCGGCGGUCGCGUACAUGGGCCUGCUCAACUUUCCGGAGGCGGACCGCCUCCUGCACGAGGCGCUGGCAAAGGACCCGACGUUCGAAGAUACGUACGUUAACCUGGUUGUGGUUGCGCAGCACUUGAAGAAGGACAGCUCGGCGUACGUGGCGCAGCUCCAGCAGCUCAACCCAAAGAACGAGUGGCUCGAGUCGUACCUGCACCUCGAGAGCGGCUUUGCGCGCCUCGCGGCUUCGUACUGCUAAGCCGAUAGGAUCCUAUUACACGUGCCAAUACUACUACCUACUACGACUACUACUGCAACGUGCGUGGGUCAA